UUCAGUAGAGAUAGUCACCAGAGAAGGUCAGAAUCUUUAUAUUUGGGCUGGAAAUUGUAAGGAACAAGCACCCUGAACCAUGGAAAACUGCCUCAGGAACAUCCAAGGUCUGUAUCUUCUGCUCUUGUUCUCUGGGUCUGGAAUAUUUUGUGCCUCUAUCCAUUAUUCUGUCCCUGAAGAGAAGAGAAGUGGGUCUUUGGUGGCUAAUGUGUUGAAGGAUUUAAAACUGAGAGCAGGGGAGCUGUCUGCUCGCAGAGCCCAGAUAGUUUCCAAAGGUAAUAAGCAAUACUUCCACCUUGAUACCAGUUCUGGAGAUCUUUUGAUAAAUGACAAAAUAGACCGGGAAGCUUUGUGUGGCCAGACUGAACCUUGCUUAUUUCUCUUUCAAAUAGUGCUCCAAAAUCCUCUAGAGUUCUAUAGUAUAGAAAUGAAGAUAGAAGAUGUCAAUGACAAUGCCCCCAGAUUUCUUAAAAAGGAAUUUCAGCUGAAAAUUCCUGAACAUGUUCUCCUAAAUUCACGAUUUCCCUUGGAAUCUGCCAAGGAUCAGGACCUGGGAGACAACAGCAUUCAAAACUACACACUCAGUCCCAAUGAGUAUUUCCAUCUGGCUGUGGAAAGCAAUCCUGAUGGAAGCAAAGUAGUGGACCUCGUUCUGGAGAAACCACUGGACAGGGAGAAGGAGCCACACUUUGGAUUGACACUUACGGCGAUUGAUGGAGGGACACCACGGAGAACAGGCACAGUUCAAAUUAACAUUAAAGUUCUUGACAAUAAUGAUAAUUCUCCUCAGUUCACACAGUCUGAAUAUAAGGCAAGUCUAAAAGAAAACAGUCCUAGAGAUUCUCUUGUCUGCAAAGUGGAAGCCAGAGAUUUGGAUUUUGGUUCAAAUGCACAUAUCACUUAUUCAUUCCAUCGAGUGCCUGAAAAUAUACAUGACUUGUUUCAUUUAAAUGAAAUGACUGGGGAAAUCAGAGUUCUGGGAGAAAUUGAUUAUGAAAAAGAAGCCAGUUAUGACAUGGACAUCAAAGCAACAGAUGAUGGAGGACUUUCUGGACACUGCAAGGUCCUUGUAGAGAUUGAGGAUGUGAAUGAUAAUGUCCCAGAAGUAUCAGUCAUAUCCCUUACCAAUAUCAUAGCUGAAGAUGCUCCCCUGGGCACAGUGGUGGCCCUCUUCAAUGUUGCAGACCGAGACUCUGGAGAUAAUGGAAGAACUGUCUGUUUUAUGGAGUCAGAUUUGCCCUUUAUGUUAAAAACCACUGUGAACAACUUUUACCAACUUGUGAUCCAAAAUCCCCUGGACAGAGAGAAAGUCACAGAGUACAAUAUCACCAUCACCGCCAUAGACAAGGGCUCACCCAGUCUCACUUCCACAAGAAUUAUUAAUGUCAAAAUCUCCGAUGUCAAUGACAACUCUCCAGUGUUUGAAAAGGCUUUGUAUACAUUGCAAAUGUAUGAAAAUAAUAUUCCAGGCCUACUAAUUGGCUCAGUCUGUGCUGUCGAUCUGGACACAGGAAAGAAUGCGAAAGUGAUUUACUCACUCUUGCCUGGGAAGAUUGGUGGAGGGCCUGUGGUCUCUUACAUCUCAGUUGACUCUGAAACUGGAAAUGUGUAUGCUCUCAGAUCACUGGAUUAUGAGCAGAUCAAAGCCUUCCAUGUUACAGUCAAGGCAACAGAUGGUGGGACUCCUCCAUUGAGUUCAGAGGUAAUUGUCCAAGUCUCCAUCCUGGAUGAAAAUGACAAUGCACCCUUUUUCUUGUACCCCCUUCAAAAUAGCACAUCCCCCUGCAAUGAGCUGCUUCCCAAGACAGCAGAGGCUGGUUACUUGGUCACCAAAGUGGUGGCUGUGGAUGGAGAUUCUGGCCAGAACUCCUGGCUCUCCUAUGAACUGCUGAAGGCCACAGACCCAUCUCUUUUCACUAUUGGAGCCCAGAAUGGAGAGGUGAAAACCAGGAGGCCCCUGAAUGAGCGAGACACAAGCAAACAGAGGCUUAUCAUCCUGGUCAAAGAUAAUGGGGUCCCCCCUCAGACCAGCACUGCGACCCUCAACAUCCUUCCAGUGGAUGGCUUUUCUGAUCCUUAUAUGAAGAUGGUGGAUGUCAGACAACAAGAUCCAGAAGAAGAGGAGGAAACCUUGACUGUGUAUUUGGUGAUCUGCCUGGCUGCAGUCUCUGCCUUGUUUCUAGUAUCUGUUGUUUCUUUUGUGGUUAUCAAAAUCUAUAAGAAAGGCACCAGGGAAUGUUUUGUGGCUGCACCUCCUCAUUUCCCUCCUACUCGACCUGAUAUUCCAGAAGGCUGUUCGGAUUCUCAGAGUGGGUCACUUUCCAGGAAUUAUCGCUAUGAUGUUUGCUUAACUGGCGGAUCCUUAAGCAGCCAGAGCUUCUCUCUCUGAAGACGCAGCUCCCAGAGCCGGAGGUCCAGCCUGCACAGCUAAUCCAAC